AUGUCACCACAACAAAAUUUGCGAUUUGACAAACUAGAGCAAUGUUCAUCGUUGGCUAUUGCUACCGCCUUAGAUCCUCGGUUCAAGGUUAUUCAUUUUAAAGAUGCUACAGCGAAGGGAAAAGUCAUAAAUUACAUAAACUACUACUUAAUGAGUAAUCUAACUAAUGCGGCAAAUGAGUCUUCUGACGAAUCGGAAAAAGGUGAUAAUACUGAAAGUGCAGUGUCCGGCGGUCUGCUGCUGUUCGCGGCUCACGUCACGCGUGGCGCCAGCUGCCCCUGGGCCUGUAGUUGCAGAGCGUCGGCGGCUGAUUGUGCGCACAGAGGAUUACUGCAUGUCCCGAAGAGAUUGCCUACUGAUUCUCAUCGACUGUAA